AUGGGAGGCCAAGUCUCAAAGCUCAUGGGCAAGAUCUUUGGAUCUAAGGAGAUGAGAUUGCUCAUGCUUGGGCUGGAUGCUGCUGGAAAGACAACUAUUCUCUAUAAACUCAAGUUAAACCAGGACGUCACUACCAUUCCUACCGUCGGCUUCAACGUUGAGACUGUGACAUACAAGAACGUCAAAUUCAACGUAUGGGAUGUCGGUGGUCAGGACAAGAUCAGGCCAUUGUGGAGACAUUAUUUCUCAGGCACACAAGGACUUAUUUUUGUUAUCGACUCGAACGACCGUGCCCGUAUCGAUGAAGCCCGUCAGGAACUACACAGAAUCAUUCUCGAUCGUGAAAUGAAGGAAGCUCUCCUAUUAGUCUUUGCCAAUAAACAGGAUAUUCCCGGAGCUAUGAGCCCACAAGAAGUCACUGAAAAACUGCAACUCUCUCAACUCAAGGACAGGAUAUGGUACGUCGUACCGACAUGUGCCACCACAGGAGAAGGUUUAUUCGAAGGACUGGACCAUCUAAAACUACUAAAUAAAUAA